ACGAUUUGGUUGCUUCAACGGGUUGAAAAAGCAAACUUGGAUAAUUUUUACAAUUUCUGUGUGAAUGGAAAAAGAGUAUAAAUAAAAAAAAACCAAAGUUAAAAUAGAUUUUCUAUAAAGUGCUUGCAUGAAAUCACAAUGAAAUAAGAUUUAAUUAAAAAUCUGUGUGUGAAAACGAAAAUUUAAUAAAAAAAUUUUUGAAAUUGGUGAUUUGAAUUUAAGUGAAGUUGAGUUAAAACCAAUUUGCAUGGAUUAUGAAAGAAAAAUAUGUUAUUAACAUAUGCUGAAUUAUAUAAAAUAUUCUAAAGCAAAUAUGAAAUAUAGAAAGUGAAAUCGGUGUUGCGAAAGAAAAAAUUUUUUUAAAAAUUUAGGAAGCGCAAUGUUUAAAGUGAUAGUGAUUUAAAAUAUAGGUUAACGAUUUUAUCACUAAAAUUGGCUUAGGGUCCUAAGGAAUUGCGUGUUUAAUAAAUUAUGAGCAAGCGCGAUUUCAUUCGCAGUCGAAAAGUGUAUGCGAACAAUUGUAUCCUGUACGUUUGGAUUAAAAAUCUGUCCAUUUUUACUUGUGUGUUUUGAUGUAAACUAACAAAUGCAAUGCUAUAAGGCAAUUGCAAACUUCUGACCAAAUUUAAAAGAAAAUUUUUAAACACAUAAAUGCAUUCGAAGGUGUAAAUGUUAAAUGUUAGCAAAAUAUUUUGAAAAGAUUUUCGAACGCGUUUUAAAACCGCCACAGCUGCAGAAAAUUACUUAUAACCCGCGGCGAUAAUGGUCGUGGUUCUUCUGCUUUAUAUGAUCAUGCUUUAGUUCCCGUCGAAUUGCAAAUAAACUGAUCUCUGCAUAAAAACAAAGUAAACCAAACAGCAAUUAAAAUGACGAACAAACAUAAUGAAAGUGAAACAGAGAGAGAAAAAAAUAAUAGUAUGAAAAAUGCAUUAAAAUAUCAAAAGUGAUGAAAAAGCUAAAAUAUUUACCUUCGACUGAAAUGUUUACCUUUAGUGUAUGUGGGUGCUAAACGAGCGAGCAAAAAAUAAUAAAAUAAACUAUACAAACAAGUGCAAGCAAAUGGCAAUGAUGCAAAAUAAAACGGCACAAUAAGCUCGACAACACAAAUAGAAAAAUCGACGAAAAAUUAAUAUGCAAACAAAUAAAUCAAAGAGAGCAAAAAACAGCGCAAACAACAAACUAAAAACCUAUUUUUGCAACACGAAAGAAUAUUUGCCUAGAAAUCAACUUUUCGGCAAAACAAAUUAAUUGAAAAUAUAUAAAAUUCGACAAAAAUUCAAUAGUAAUUGAGAGUGAAUAAAGUGGCAACACAAUAAUAAAGCAUAAUUACCACAAAUCGAAUGAAAUCAACUAAUUCAGAAACGUAAAGUUGCACAAAAUCAUAAUCAAAAGUGAUUGAAAAUUAUUACACAAAAAAGAAGUAAAGAGCAACGUAAUAUCUGCGGCAAAUAUCCAAAAAAUAUAAAAUGUGAAAUGUGAGUUGAAAAAGCGGAAAAUUUUGCCGAAACAAAAUAUGUACAUGUAGUGGCGUAUAUCCGUUUAAAUAAUAAAUACAUAAAUAAAUACAUAUCUGCUACACACCAGCGCUUGUACGCCAUGGCGUAUGAGUAAUUGAAUAUUUCAAAUUCAGUGAAAAAGCGGCGUGACGGACACGCGAGCUUUUGACAAAUGUAACUCAUUGCUGUCGCAAAUUCAUUGUUUAUUUAUAAAUUUAAGCGAUGCGCAUUUCUGCGACCAGACAGCCAGUUUGACAAUCAGGCAGACAGACAGUUGUCGGAGGCUGUGACUAGCGCAUUGUAAUUGGCGCACGAGUUGGCAAUGUAAACGCGAAAAAAAUUGUUUGCCAACAACGUCAGCAAUGGACGCUAAAUUGGAUUCGCGUCAAGGACAAUUUCCGGCUUCCUUUCCGGACACAUUCAAGGAUUUCUUUGCCGUUAUGAGCGAAGACGAAGAUCAUCUCGAUUUGUUCUCGAAUUUGUUGGAAGAUAAGGUGAUACCGCAUCACAACAAUGCCAGCCACAGCACGGCGGCCAACAGCAACCGAUUCAUGCAACGUCGACACGGCGGCAGCCUCCGCUGUCCCACACACCCGCAAAGUGCCAGCGGCGAGGGCGCGCACCACUCAGUCGGCCGCUCAAGCUCGUUUCGCGUGCAUCGACCGCGCAACCCAGCGGCCACAUAUAGUGGUGGCGGUGGCGUUGGCGGCGGCAUAAGUAGUAGCAGCAGCAUUAUCACAUUGAAUAGCAUCGGCCAGAGUGGCGGUCAUAGCAUUGGCAGUGGACACAGCACUGGCAGUGGCAGCAGUGGUGGCGGCAGCAGUAGUGCCAAUGGCAAUGGCAAUUUAUUUUGCAAACACAUCAAAUACUGCUGCCUGCAUCAGCAACAUGCACAACUGCCCAACAUAGCAGGCGCUACGCCGCCGCACCAUCACCAUCAUCCCCUUCAGCAGCAGCAACAGCAGGCACAGCCACAAAAACAGCAGCCAACACAACCGAAAUCGCCGCAUAAACACCGUUUGGCCCAGCAAUCAGCACAAAUGCAAACAAAAUCCGCAGUAACUGUGCCGACGGCUGCAACAGCUGGUCACUACCUACAACAACACGUGCAUCAGUAUCAGCCUACAGGCGCGGCGUAUGCGUCGGAUUACAGCAAUGAGAUUAGCGGUAGUGUGCGCAUGGGACCCGACGGCGAGGACAACAGCGGUGCUGAUGGCAGCAAGGAUCGUCAACAGCAUUUGUAUGCUGGGCAACAUAUGCAUCAGCAACAGCAGCAGCAGCAGCAUCACCAUCAGCAACAACAACAGCGUGCGGCGGCGUUGCAAAAACGGCAUUCGGUGAUAUUGGAAAGAGCAUUCGAUUUUGAUGCUAGCUGUGAGGAAAGUGAUACCAUAAGCAGCACAUCCUCUACACCCACACCGGCUGAAUUGCCUACGUUGCCGCCGCAGCCACCGCCAAGCACCACGGCCACUGUGCUAAAGCCAAUCCUAAAGAAACCAUCAACAGCUGCGCCACAAUAUCAACAAAUGCACACACAACAGCAACAGCAGCAACAACAGCAACAUCUGCAGCAUCAUUCAAGCCAGCAUCAACAGCAAAUGCAACUAAAUACAUUAAAGUCCACUGGGCCAGUACCGGCGAACAGCGCCACCGCCCAAACAAACGUCUGUUGCAAAGACCAAAUGCUGCCACAUCGCGCGCUCCCGCAGCCACCGAAAGGACGAGGCUUCGGCGCAUACCACACCAAAGAGGCCGUACUGCAGCGUGUGCAACAACAGAGCGGCCUACUUUCCGGCAGUCGCACAAAUCUCAACACGCUAAGUGGCAUGUUAGGAUCAGCGAUAAAUCUCGCCGGCAUCGGAGGCGGCCUCUGUGCGAACGCUAACUCGAGCAUUGGCAAUAAUGCGGCGACGGCGGCUGGUGCGCCCAUCGAGAUGGCGUGCGGAGGUGUUGUGGGCGAUUGUGUUGGCAACAAUAUGGGCGGUGAGUUGCGCUACAGCAACAGUAAUUACAACUUUGAUGCGACGACAGUCAAGCCAGCAGGCCCGGCUGACGUGGGCGCCGAGCUUCAAAUGACGUUGGUGGGGGGUACGCCAGCUUGUUGUGCGGCGGCCAAUACGGCGGCGCCGCCCACCACCAUCCCCAACACCAACACGGGCAACACUGCCGCUAAUGUAACCAAUAACUUGUUGUACAUGGACCUGCAUACGGCACAUCCGGCACACCCGAAAAGUUCGACGUCAGUAAAUAAAUUCAGCGAUCUAUUAAAUGCUGCCAGCGCCAGUUUUGUCAACGCCGUCGCAGCGCCGGCUAUUAGCGCAAACGCCAACAACAGCAACAGCAAUCAUAACGGUGCCAUAGCUGCUGCGGUCGCAUUGGGCAACACUGGACGCAGUAGUGCCAGCACUAAACGGGUGCAAAAAUCACCAUUACUCACCAGACGCCGUUCCUCAUCAAUCGUUACAAAUCUAUUGGCUUCCGAUGUUAGUUAUAAUCGCGGUGAGGGUACAACUCUAGCAGACAUUACAAAUUUGAGAAAUCAUCAUGCAACAACAACGGAUGGCAGCACAAUAAAUUUAACGCACAGCGGAACACGUGACCGCAUCACGUUGGCAAAAUCACCAGUGAGCGGCAAACCGACACGCUUACCCUCACUGCACUCCAUGGGCAUCGACAGCGGCGGAAGUGGUAGCGGCAGCGGCAAUGGCAGUGGCAGCAGUGCCGGCGUGCUCACCUUUCAACAAGCCAUGUCUGGCGCGGUCUCACCACAGUACUCUUCGGCCACACCGCUACUGUUUGGUGGCGGCGGCGGCGGUGGCGCAGGCAUUGGUGGCAGUAUAGCCACAAAUAUGGAUUUGCUAUGUGGCUCAUCGACGGCACUCGCUUCGGUGUUGGAGGAUACGGCAACAAGUGCUGGUGAAAUGGUCAGUGACAUACUGCAGACUGGUGACUCGCCAACCAUGCUGAACCAUCAGCAUAACAACGCCGGUAACGGCAAUGGCAACGGCAACAAUAACAAGAAUAACGGCUUGAAUGAUAGCCACUAUGAACUAGAUGUAAUCGAAAGCGGCAUUGGCAGCGUGGGCGCGGUCGUCAAUGUGGGCACAAGCGGUGUGCAUCGUGCCGCCUCCAAUAUAUUGCACAGCAGUUCAGCGACCAUUGCACAGCUGCAGGGCAGUCGGCAGCGUCAACGGAUGCGCACCUCGAGUAUGCCAGCUGAAAGUAGAAAGCCACGUCUCGCCGAUACGCGACGUGCAGCAAUACAUUGUGCCGACCUCGAUUUGGAAUAUUAUCGCCUGCGGAGCUUCAGCAUCACGUCGCAUGGUGUAUGCAAUUUGGGUGAUUCCCUGCGCCGCCGAUCACGUUCAAUAAACUCGGUUACGUCGACGGGCACUUCCAACAGCGGCAAGGACCACCGGAACAACAGCAAUGCUUCACAUAUAUCCGGUGAGAAUAUUUUCGAGUCUACCGAGAAACAGGAUGCAGGCAAAGUGCCGAUACCCGCCUAUAAAAUUGCAAUGCUUGGCGCUUCUGGUGUUGGCAAAACGACAUUAACCUAUCAAUUCACAACAUCCGAUUAUAUUUGUGCCUACGACUUGAGUUUGGACGACGAUUACGGUCAAAAAACAGUAUCCGUGCUUGUUGAUGGCAUCGAAACGGACUUGGAAAUUAUCGAUCAUCCUGCCUGUGAAAUGUCGACGGAAGCCUUUUGUUCGACCUACAACAUCGAUUUAUUUGUGGUUGUCUACUCGGUCGUAGAUCGCAAUUCCUUCAAGGCGGCCGAGAAGGUUUUGCAGUAUUUGAAAGAACACGAAAUGUUGCUGACACGUGGCGCUAUUUUAGUCGGCAAUAAAACGGAUUUGGAGCGACAUCGUGAGGUUAAUCGGCAAGCUGGACGUAAAUUGGCUAAAGAGAUUUGCUGUAAGUUUAUUGAAACCUCCUCCGGACUUGAUCACAACGUUAACGAGCUACUGGUCGGCAUUGUCGCGCAGUCCAAACUGAAUCCACAGCGUAUACGUAACCUCAACGAGCGCGACCGUCAACGUCUCAGCCUGCAGAGUGCAAUUCAAAAGCACCGCCACAUGCAUAUAGCGCCACGACGUAUGGUGCGACAGGUAUCCAUGUAUCACGCUGACGACGAUGUCGAUGAUGCGGCCGACAAUGAGAACAACGAUGGUAGCCGAGCUGGCGUUAGCACCAACAACGCCGACAACAUUGAUGAAAAUCAAACGGCCGCUGAUGAAGGCAUUGGCACCGGCAGCGAACGCACCGUCAGCACCAGCCUCUCUUCAACCGGAAUGGGCAUCAAACUGGCAACCACGAAGAACUAUGUACAACGCACGAAUAAGCGUACGCUCAAUCUGGAAAGCAUACUCAAGAUGGGUGAAAGCGAGUUAGAAGAUGAAGAAGAAGCGAUACAACGUCAACCGGCACUUACAAAGCAACAACAGCAAACGCGUCCACUAAGCAAAUUCGAUAUGCUGCUAGCUGGAGGCAAGAAUAGCUUAAACGCAUCACCAAAGAAUCGUCGAUUUUACGGCAGUGGCGCGGUGAGUGGUGCCAUCGGUGCUUUUACAGGAGGCAGGCGCUGUGUCAGCGAUGGCUCAACCAGUGACAAUUACACGGAGAGCAAUGAUCAGCUAUUGGACGAAGGUAAUCGGAAGACAGUGUCCAAGUUAACGAAUCGCACGAAAGUGUUUCUCUCUUCAGUGCUAAAGUUCAAGAAGGCGGUGAAUAUGCGGCGAAGAAACUCUUCGAGUUGUAGUGAUCUAUUCGUUAUAUAAGAGUAAAGGAAAUAAGGUAUGGGCAAAGUAUGAUAUUUGUUUAAUAUAUAUUAAAAUAUUCAGUAACCGUUUAAAUGAUUUUAUAUAUACUUAAUUCAGACAAAAAUGGUUUUCUGAUUGCUGAAAUUCAUUAAGGUAUUUAAGGGUAUUAAAUCAUUUUUUUAUUUAACCAAGCCACGAACAUAAUUCAUCCAAAAAUCAAUAGCACAAAAAAUGGCCAUUGAAGCAUCCUACCAUAAAUAAUAUUUUUUGGUAAUUAGUUCGUUUGUCUAUUAAUCUUUUAUUCCUUUGUUUUAAGGAUCACAAGUUAGUCUUAAAAAUAAAGUUUGUAAAAAACCUUCAAAAAUACAUCACGUCUUCAUAAUAAUUUUCAAAUGACUGUUAGGGUAUAUACUUAGAUGUAAUAGAUGCUCAAAAUCGUAUAGACUUCAACUUUAGUACUGAAGGAUUACCAGCUAUAGGCAUUGGACGCAACCUAUACUGUUAACCUCUUUAAGGGACAAACCUAGUUUGGCAACCUAAAUUCUAUUUUUGGGUUUUAAUAUUUACUGAUAUACGCAUUUUAAGCUCAAGAAAAUAAAAUAUUACACGCGAUCUCCGAUGGCGCUACUAAACGUUCUUUUCCGGCAGUAGUUAUUCCGACCUUCUCCAUGUAUGAAACCUAAAAACAGGUCCGUACAAUGACCUAAAGUAGAAAAAAGAUCAGAAACUAACAAAAUGAGCUAUUACUUCUAUGAAAAUGGAUACGCGUUCUCGGCUUAUUCAUUGCAAACGAAGAGCUCGUGUUGCCGCGAGAACCGAGAGUGAACCUUGCGCAGCUUUGUUUUGGAUACUGUAAACUGUUAAACUCCUUCUAUGUUCAGCGUGCAACGAGACCACGCAUGAAACUAACCACCUCUUUGUAUGCCCUGCUAACCCUACACAUCUGACAACCCUCUCCCUAUGGUCCGACCCCUUCGGAACAGCACGUUUCCUGGGAUGACCUCGAUGACAACAUAUCUGAAUGUUACCAUCUUAACGGGAAUUAGGUAACUGUUACAAAAACAACAAUAACAAUGAAAGUGGAUCUAACAAAGCAAAAAAACGAGAGUUAUACUCAUUUCAAAAAUGGCUCUUGACAAAGUGACGGCAUUUAAAAAAAAUAAUUUUACUCAAACUUUUGGUCGGAUUGUCACCAAGUAAUCUCUCAUUUUGAGAAAACGGUGUUUAAAGAUAAGCUUAUUGUCAUUCAAAUGAGGAUGUAAAUAAAAUGGUUUUACUGACCUACUGUCAUGACAUGUGCUGGCAUACUACCGGUGCCUAGUAAGACCAGAUGGAGGUUCAGUUUAAUUUGAGGUGAAGUGUUCGUCAAACAGUCAUUGAACUGUUAAGACGAGUUCUAAACAGAGCUAUACAGAAGCAUAGGAGGUGUUCCAGCAUCACUCAUGCCUACUUUCUUGCACUUUCUGUAUGUAUCGUCGUUACUAAUGCCCAUUCGGCUCGCAUGUAAUGCCAGUAGUUCUGACCUGUCAUUUGACCAACAACCUUCCUGCAGUCCUUUCGAGACCGUGAGAGUGUUUUUCUUUAGGGUUAUUGAACAUAAUUUUGGCGAUCUCGCAUGUUCUUACAACAUUCCAUCUCAAACUGAUCCGUCUGUCACCAUCUAUCUAUCAUCUAUAUCGUUUUGCGGAAUUCUCUUCUGGCUUGGAACCCAGUAUAUAGGCAACCGUUUUCCAUCAGGAACUACAUACAUCUACGCUCUCCCUGCUUCUAGGGACAUUCUCUAAGGUUAUGCGAUGUGAGUUUAUUGCCUUAAUUGCCUCCUGGUUAUCGACGUAUAUAUUGAUGGUCUUCAUGUUGUGUCCUGCGCUGUCAUCUAUCUCCGACCAGGAAGAUAAUACAGUAUUCCGGAAACUUGAAGAUUCGCCUAAGAUAUAGCUCCGAGCAAUAGAUGUAGGGGUCAUUAGUCAUCCAUCAAAAUAUUGUAAAUUCCGCUGGCAAGUCAAAUGCUCAAUCCGCUCUAUUCUGAUAUAACUUGAAACCUUCUCUCAUAAAUAAAGCGUGAGGAUAUAUAGUAUAUUUUAUCCUCCAAUCUCUUGUUUAUUGCGCAUUGCCGAAAGGUCCAAUUUGAAAAAUUAAUUUCAAUUUUCACUAUGAAAAUGUGCAAAAACAUAAAUGAAUUUUUUCAGAAUUUCAGGUGUGCAUCUUAAGGGGAUAUAUAUUUAUAGACUUACCCAUAAACUUCCUAAGCCAGUACGAAGAAUAGAAAACCAAAUUACCACUUCAUAUAUGAUUCACCUACAGAACUUUGACUAAUAUCACACGCCGAAAUGAAGUCAACUGGAUACUGACUGCGCUCCUGUACCGACUAUCAAUACUAGACAGAAUAAUUAAUUAGAAAAUCCUCUGAACAAAGAAUAAGUAACGAGGUAUAUUCAAUAAAAUAAGACAUAGGUAACAGCUGAGGGCAGGUAGACUACGUAUACUAUACCACAGAUGUAGCAGAAGAUGGAGAGCCUUUCAGAAUAGAAAAUAGAUUAAUGAUAUCAGAUUGUGAGUUACACAAAAUAUAAAGAAAGAGAGAUGAAGCCAUUAUGGGAGAUCAUUGGAGCAGAAAAAUGAAAACAAAAUAUCCUGGAUAUCUAAAUUUAUAGAUACAUUAUCUAGAAACCAGUUAAUAGUUCUACGAAAGUGUAUCUGACAAAGUAAAAGCAAGAACAUCAAAAAUAUCUCUUGUUCGUAAGUUUUAAAUCUGAUAACAAACUAACCUGAAAGUAAAAUGUAAAGCAACGAAUUGUAAUGUAUAGUAUACUAGUAAUGGUAAUGAAACUAAACAUUUUAGGAAUUUUGAAACAGGGAUUGCAUAUCAAGCAUAUUUUAUCAGCAACUACCACGCAUACAAUUUUAGAAUCACUAUGAAUGAAGCAUUGAAGGCAGCGAAUGAAACAGGAAAGUAAUCAUCGGUGCAUAGAUUUUAUUUUAAAAUACUUUUAAAAAUCGCAAUUGAACUAAUAUCAAAACUGUAAUGAAAACACCGACUAGAUACCUUGACUACCACUAUUAAAAAAGAUAUAUAACAAAUACCAAUAACGCAAUAAGUAACUGCAGAAAACACAAGUUUUCGACGAACGCGAUUUUGAAAACUCAACGGAACGAACUAACUAUACUUAUGAAAGCAAAUUGAUACUCUAAAAACACACAUAUAUAUAAAAUAAAUGUUUAGCAUUCGAUUUAAUAAAAAACAUGUUUAGAAUAUUUCAUAUUUAACAAUAAACGAGCACGACAACUUUUUGAAAUGCAAAUUUUGACGAUAUGAAAUCAGCAUAGAACACGCAGACUGCAGUUAGAAUGGGAGGUAAUAAAAAAUCGAAAAUAACUGCUUUUUAUAGCAAACUAAUAACGGUAAUUAGUUAAUCAAUAAGCAGAAAAGAAAAAUUGAAAAUGAAA